AUGGUAUCUUUCCGGAAGCUGACCUUCGGCCGCCGCCCCUCUGCGGCCGCACAUGCAGAACACGGCCGCGAAGGCGAUGAUGGAGGAGGUGGAGGUGGAGGUGGCCGAGGAGAAGGAGGGGGAGAACAAGUCGGAAUGACAGUCCUGCACCGCAUUGGCGGCAGCGGCGGCGGCGGGCGAACGCGCUCGCAGUCGAACGCGACCGACGGCCACGGCUCCUGGACCGUCUUCGACGGCGCCAGCGUCGCCUACACCGACUCGAUCCAUCAGCAGCGCCAGCCCGACGGCUCGCGCGUCGAGCUGAUCGAGGAGGGAGGAGCCGGCGACGACGACAACAACAACAUCAACACCAACGACGCCCACAGCCUCCACAGCGCCCACUCCAAAUGGACCCAAGCAACCACCGCCAGCAGCAGCCUCGCGGCCAAAUCCCCCACCACCCCCCAGUCCACCACCGCCACCGACGCCGUCCCCUCCUCCUUCUCCCUCCGCGCCCGCCGCGGCCACCGCCGCCGCCGCCGUCAUCAUCCCCACCUCGACGACGACGCCGCCGACGACGACGCCACCGCCCGCGCCCGCCGCAUCCACAGCGUCGCAACCCGCUACUCGUCGCUCCCACCAUACGUGAUCCACAAGGACAGCGAAAACGACGACGACGACAACAUCUCCACCGCCGACGCCGACGCCGACGCCAACACCAACACCACCACCAACAACAACAACCCCUUCCGCGCCCCCGCCAACUCCCCGCUCGACCCGCUCGGCGCCAACUUCUCGGCGCGCGCCUGGGCCCGCGCCGUGCUGGCGCUGCAGGCCGCGGAGCCGGGCAAGCAGCCGCCUCGGACGGCGGGCGUGGCGUUUGCGAACUUGCGGGUGAGCGGGAGUGGGAUUGGGAGCGAUGGUGGCGGGGCGGAGUAUCAGGCGACGGUGGGGAAUGCGGUUGUUAGGGCGUUGGUGGGAGGAGGAGGAGGGGGGGUGUUUGGUUGGUGGGGGAGGGGGAAGGGGAGGGGGUCGCGGAAGGAGAUUUUGAAGGGGCUGGAUGGCGUGGUGGAGGCGGGGGAGAUGAUGGUGGUGUUGGGGCCGCCGGGGAGUGGGUGCUCGACGUUGUUGAAGACGGUGGCGGGGGAGACGGCGGGGCUGAGGGUGGAUGGGGGGAGUUAUUUGAAUUAUCAAGGCAUCUGCGCAGACCAGAUGCACCACGACUUCCGCGGCGACGCCAUCUACACGGCCGAGCAGGACGUCCACUUCCCGUCGCUGACGGUCGGCGACACGCUGUUGUUCGCGGCGCGGGCGCGGGCACCGCGACUGUUCGUCGGCGGCGUCGACAGCUCGGCGGCGUGGGCGGCGCACAUGCGCGACGUCGUCAUGGCCCUGUUCGGCAUCGGCCACACGCUCGACACCAAGGUCGGGAGCGACUUCGUCCGCGGCGUCAGCGGCGGCGAGCGGAAGCGCGUCACCAUCGCCGAGGCCACCCUGAGCAGGGCCCCGCUGCAGUGCUGGGACAACAGCACCAGGGGGUUGGACAGCGCCAACGCUCUCGAGUUUUGCAAGACGCUGAGGGUGCAGACCGAGUAUCUGGGCGUCAGCGCGUGCGUGGCCAUCUACCAGGCCAGUCAGAACGUGUACGAUAUGUUCGACAAGGUGACGGUGCUAUACGACGGCCGCCAGAUCUACUUUGGCCGGUGCGAGGACGCCAAGGACUACUUCUUGGAUCUGGGGUUCGAGUGUCCGCAGCGCCAGACCACGGCCGACUUCCUCACCUCCAUGACUAGUCCGCACGAGAGAGUCGUGAGACAGGGGUACGAGAACCGUGUCCCGCGCACAGCUGAAGAGUUUGCGGCCGUAUGGAGGGCGAGCGAUGAGUACCACCGGCUUCUGGAUGACCUGAAAGAGUACAACAAGAAAUAUGCGUUUGGAGGCGAGUAUCUGGAGCGCUUUGUGGAGUCGAAGAGGACGCAACAGGCCAGAUUUGCACGAACAAAAUCUCCGUACACCCUGUCGUACAGUCAGCAAGUGCGGCUCUGCCUGUGGAGAGGCGUCAAACGUUUGAAGGCCGACCCCAGUCUUACCAUCAGUCAGUUCAUUGCGAAUGCGGUCAUGGCAGUGAUCAUCGGAAGCGUGUUCCUCAAUCUGGAAGACGAUUCCGACCACCUCUUCCAACGCGGCGCCGUCAUAUUCUUCGCCAUUCUCCUGAACGCCUUCGGGAGUGCACUUGAGAUCCUGACCCUCUACGCCCAACGCCCCAUCGUCGAGAAGCACACGCGCUACGCGCUCUACCACCCCAGCGCCGAGGCCUUCGCCAGCAUGCUCACCGACAUCCCAUACAAGAUCUGCAACUGCAUCAUCUUCAACCUCGCGCUCUACUUCAUGACCAACCUCCGCCGCGAGGCCUCGGCCUUCUUCUUCUUCCUGCUCGUCUCCUUCGCCCUCACCCUCGCCAUGUCCAUGAUCUUCCGCACCAUCGCCUCCGUCUCGCGCACCAUCUCGCAGGCCAUGGUCCCCGCGACCCUGCUCAUCCUCGCCAUCGUCAUCUUCACCGGCUUCGCGAUCCCGAUCCAGUACAUGCGCGGCUGGUGCAGGUGGAUCAACUGGGUCGAUCCCGUCGCGUACGGCUUCGAGGCGCUGAUGGCGAAUGAGUUCCACGGCAGGCGGUGGGAUUGCAAGAGCUUUGUUCCCGGCUACCCGGGACUGGCGCCGAGGAACAGGGUUUGCGAUGCUGUGGGCGCGCAGCCGGGGGCCGGGUACGUGAGCGGGGAUGCGUACUUGAGGACGGCGUUCCGGUACGAGUACGCGCAUCGGUGGAGGGACUUCGGCGCCGUCGUCGGCUUCAUCUUCCUGUUCAUGCUCACGUACCUGCUCGCGACCGAGUACAUCAGCGAGAAGCGUUCGAGGGGGGAAGUGCUGGUGUUUCGCCGUGGGCACGGACCGAAACCUUGUUCUUCUCCUGCCGCUACGCGGGAGGAUAUCGAGACUGCAGCCGAAGGGCAGCGGGCUGGCAUCGUUGGGAGCGGGGCCGGUGGGACGGGUUCGAUCGCGAAACAGACGUCUGUUUUCCACUGGCAGAACCUGUGCUACGACAUCAAAACCGCCGGCGGUCCCAAGAGGCUGCUCGACCGUGUUGACGGCUGGAUCAAACCCGGGACGCUGACUGCGCUGAUGGGUGUCUCGGGUGCCGGCAAGACCACGCUGUUGGACACGCUUGCAGCAAGGACGACCAUGGGGGUCGUCACCGGCGAUGUGUUGCUCGAUGGUCUGCCGCGGAACAUGGAUUUUCAACGUUCAACCGGUUACGUUCAGCAGCAGGACCUGCAUCUGGAGACGUCGACCGUGCGGGAGGCGCUCAAUUUCAGCGCUCUGUUACGGCAGCCAGCCCAUGUUCCAAGGCAGGAGAAGUUGGAUUACGCGUGGGAGGUGAUCAAGUUGCUAGAAAUGGAGGAAUACGCGGAUGCCGUCGUCGGUGUCCCGGGAGAAGGUCUGAACGUGGAGCAGCGCCGCCGGCUUACAAUCGGGGUGGAGCUCGCUGCCAGGCCCACCCUCCUCUUCCUGGACGAGCCCACCUCUGGCCUGGACUCACAGACGUCGUGGGUCAUCUGUGAUCUGAUCGAGAAGCUGACAAAGGCCGGCCAGUCUGUGAUAGUAACUAUCCAUCAGCCAAGCAGUCGGAUUUUCGAGCGUUUCGAUCGCUUGCUCCUCCUGCACAACGGCGGAAAGACCAUCUACUUUGGCGACAUCGGCAAGAACUCGCGUACCGUCAUCGACUACUUUGAAGGAAGAUGUGAGGAGAGCAAGCGAUGCCCGGAUCAGGCAAACCCCGCCGAGUGGUUGCUGGAGGUGAUCGGGGCAGCGCCGGGGUGCAGCUCAGACGUAGACUGGCCGCGAGCAUGGCGAGACAGCUGCGAGUACGACGCCGUGAGCCAAGAGCUACUACGUCUGAAAGAGAAGCCGCUCGAAUCGAAGAGCGGAGAUGCCGGUACCGUCAGCGGCGGCCUGGUCGACUGCAGGGAAUUCGCGGUGCCUUUCGGGACCCAGAUGCGAGAAGUGACGAAGCGGGUGUUCCAGCAGUACUGGCGGACGCCGACCUACAUCUACUCCAAAUUCUCCGUAUGCUUCUUCUCGUCCCUCUUCAUCGGCCUCGUCUUCCUCAACUCGCCCAACACGAUCCAAGGCCUCCAAAACCAAAUGUUCGCCCUCUUCAUGCUCAUCACCAUCUUCGGCCAACUCAUGCAGCAAUUCAUCCCCCUCCUCAUCACCCAGCGCACCCUCUACGAAGCCCGCGAGCGCCCCUCCAAAACCUACUCCUGGCCCGCCUUCCUCCUCGCCACCCUCCUCGCCGAGCUCCCCUACAACCUCGCCGCCACCGCCCUCGUCUUCCCCCCCUUCUACUACCUCGUCCUCGGCCUCGGCCUCCAGCAGCAGCACCAACACGCCCUCCUCUUCGCCCUCCUCACCCUCACCGCCCUCCUCUUCGCCUCCACCCUCGCCCUCGCCGUCGCCGCCCCCGCCGCCUCCGCCGAGGCCGCCAGCAACGCCGCCCAGCUCCUCUUCAGCCUCUCCCUCGUCUUCUGCGGCGUCCUGCCCCCAGCCCCGCUCCUCCCCCCCGCCUGGCGCUGGCUCAACCGCGCCUCGCCCUUCACGUACCUCGUCGCCGCGGCGCUGAGCGGCGCCCUCGGCGGGAAGGAGGUGCGGUGCAGCGACGAGGAGGUGGCGGUGGUGGAGUUGCCUGGCGGGGUGGAGGGUGGUGGGUGCGAGGCGUUUUUGGGGCCGUGGGUCGAGGCGGUGGGGGGGUAUGUCGUCGUUGGUGGGGGGGAUGAUGUGUCGCGGUUGCGGUUGGGGCCCGGGGAGGGGGGCGGGGCGGUGAGGUGUGGGUAUUGUAGGAUGGCGAGUGCGGAUCAGUUUCUGGCGGGCGUGGGCGCCGAGUAUGCGGAGGCGUGGCGGGAUUUUGGGAUCCUCUGGGUGUAUGUCGGGUUUAAUGUUGUCGCGGCGUUGGGGCUGUAUUGGCUGUGUAGGGUGCCGAAGCGGUGGGGGAGAAAGGGGAGGACGGGGUCGUGA